UCAGUCGUGCAGAUACGAGAGUAUACCUUUUAGCCCAAAGCGGAAAAGGGAUGGACUUGGAUCAAGGUACACGCCUGUCUAUCAUUCUAGUGAUCUUCCUUCUUACCUCCGUUAGUAAUGCUAGUGUGGGAGUAAUGAUGUACCGGUUCAAAAAUCUACGAACAAUUCCCAAUCUUCUCAUCCUAAGUUCAUGUAUCGCUGACAUUCUCAACCAAUUCUUCAACAUUCCUGGAUUCGCGGCUGGGUAUAUCGCCAGGGAUAACGAGUACUUCGUCGGACGAAGCCUGGCCCUCGCUCUAUCCACCUUCCAUCUCUUCUUUGUCCUGGUAAAUCUAAUGUCAAUGACUCUGAUGAUGGUUGAUAGACUGUGCGCGUUUAAGUUCAACCUCGCGUAUCGGGUGUGGAGGACAAGAUCCAAGGCUUACAAGGCAAUAGCUGUCAAAUGGAUAUCGUGUUUCGUAAUAUCCAUGGUUGUUCUGGUUCCAAUCUGGGAUAUAGACCUUGGAAACGUGGCUACUUACAAGUAUCGAAAUAUUCAUUUCGCCAAGAGAGGAAUCCUUAUUACCUUCAUAAUUUUCCCGUGUUUUAUCGUCAACAAUGCUGUGGUUGCAAUASCAACGUGCUCUGUUAUGAAGCACAAGACUAAGACCAAUGCCAGGAAGAUGGGCCUUAACGCCGAUUCAGUUCUUGACCAAACACGCAAACUAAGCGAGAUGAAUGCCAUGAAAACAAUCGGCGUUACAGUGAUGGUUUUCUUCGUGUGUUACCUCCCUGGUACCGUAUACGGUAUGAUGGACAAGAUGAAAGUCAUUUCUACCAACGAAACCUCAUGGUUUGGAUUUGGUGCCUACUCUUGUUUGUUUCUACCUGGUCUACUCAAUCCGUUUAUCUAUGCUAUUCGAACAAGGCGUUUCCGUAGAGCUUUGGAGUGCUUGCUCAAAGAUCCAUUCGGCAGCAGUGAAAUAUCUCAGUCUGUAGAUCUAGUCCUAGAUAGUCUCACUCUUCGUUUGUUGUGAUGGUGCAUGUGUUAAAGGAGUCCAUGCCGAGAAUAAUUAUCCGAAUCGUUCAUGACCAGCCAAUCACAAGAGCAGAUUAGAUAGAGUCAAUUCAAAAAACGAUGUCGUUGACCGACCAGUCAAACCUACGCGACUAAAGCGAAUAGGGGUAAAAAUCACUGAAGCGGUUAAAUAUUCCUUCUGAAUUGAUUGUUCCCGCUAAUAUAAGAUAAAAAUGGCGAAAAACAAUUCAUUAAAUGCAUGUCUUUGGGUUUAGGGAAAGAAAGACAAAAUGAUUCAGUUCACAUUUCGAAAAUAUGAAGGCGUUAAAAAAAAUGUCCCCUUCAAC